UCGCCGAGCGCAACAAACAUGUCGGACUGCAGGAGGCAGUGGAACCGCGAAGAUGAGCUGCCGGUCUACUUUGCGGCACCGAUCGCCGCCGGAGCCGACCGGCGCAAGGGCUACGGCGCCUUUGAAAGCGACACCGUCGACUUCGGAGUCAAAGGGGCCCGCGCGCCGAGGAGCGCCAGCCGGGAGGGGCUGCCGGGCAUCGGCGACGAGGGCUCCGGUCAAGCCCCUGCAACCGGAUCGCACACCGACGGACAACCGGGACCUCCGCGAGUCCCCACGGCCUUUUCGCCAGGGGUGGAAAACACACCGGCAAAGGGUGACGGCCUGCUGAUUAGAGGAGGGCGAGUGGUCAACGACGAUCAGUCGCUUUACGCAGACGUCUACAUUGAAGAUGGGCUCAUUAAACAGGUCGGGGAGAAUCUGGCGCUCCCCGACGGCAUCCAAGUGAUCGAGGCCCGAGGCCGCAUGGUGAUCCCCGGCGGGAUCGACGUCAACACCCGCCUGAUGAAGCCUCAUCUGGGCGUACGCCCCGUUGACGACUUCUUCCGAGGCACCAAAGCGGCGCUCGCCGGAGGCACGACCAUGAUCAUCGACCACGUGACCCCCGCGCUCGGGGACAGCCUGCUGGAGGCUUUCGAAGUCUGGCAGGAGGCUGCGGACAAGCGGGCGUGCUGCGACUACUCCCUCCACGUUGACAUCCCCCAGUGGAACGAUGCAGUUCAAGAGGAGUUGGAGAUGCUGGUGCAGGAGAAAGGUAUUAACUCCUUCCAGGUGUACAUGGCCUACAAGGAUACGUACCAGAUGACAGAUUCCCAGCUGUACGAGGCCUUCUGCUUCUUGAAACAGAUUGGCGCUGUGGUUUUGGUUCAUGCUGAAAAUGGAGAUUUAAUUGCUCACGAACAAAGCAAAAUCCUUGGGAUGGGAAUCACUGGACCCGAAGGCCACCCUCUGAGUCGUCCCGAAGAGCUGGAGGCCGAGGCAGCGUUUCGUGCGAUCACCCUUGGCAACCGCGUGAAGUGUCCUGUCUACAUCACCAAAGUGAUGAGCAAGAGUGCAGCCGACACCGUCGCCCAGGCCCGGAGGAAAGGUGCUGUCGUUUUUGGGGAGCCAAUCACAGCCAGCCUGGCCACUGACGGUUCGCAUUACUGGAGCAAGAACUGGGCCAAAGCUGCUGCUUAUGUGACCUCCCCACCUCUGAGUCCCGACCCCACGACCCCAGACCACCUCCACACACUUCUGGCCUGUGGGGACCUGCAGGUGGUGGGCAGCGCUCACUGCGCCUACAGCACCUCUCAGAAAGCAAUCGGGAAAGACGACUUCACCUUCAUCCCAGAGGGCACCAACGGAGUGGAGGAGAGGAUGAGUUUUGUUUGGGACAAAGCUGUGGCCACGGGCAAGAUGGAUGAGAACCAGUUUGUGGCCGUCACGUCUACCAACGCCGCCAAACUCUUCAACCUGUACCCGCGUAAAGGUCGGAUAGCGGCGGGCUCCGAUGCGGACGUCGUCGUCUGGGACCCCGACAGCGCAAAAACCAUCACGUCCAAACUGCAGCAGUCGUCUUCCGAAUACAACAUCUUCGAGGGUCUGGAGUGCCGUGGGGCUCCGGCGCUGGUGCUGAGUCAGGGUCGGGCGGUGUACGAGGAAGGGAAGCUUCACGUUCAGCAGGGCGCCGGGCGCUUCAUCCCUCGCAAGCCCUUCCCGGACUUCGCCUACCAACGUUUCAAGUUCAGGGACCAGAUUCAGGACAAAGGGGUCACACGCGGGGCGUAUGAUGGGCCUGUGCACGACGUGGUUCCGACCCCGAGGUACAUCACACCUUCGCCUUCGGCCAAAACAUCGCCGACCUCGCAGCCGCCUCCGCCGGUACGCAACCUUCACCGGUCCAACUUCAGCCUAUCAGGGGCUCAGAUCGAUGACUGCGUCCCUCGCAGGUCCGGCCAUCGUAUUGUAGCACCCCCUGGUGGUCGCUCUAACAUCACCAGCCUGGGUUGAACACCUGCACACUUUUUUUUAAAUUUUCUUUUAUUUAUUUAUUUAUUUUUUUCCCCCCACGUUGCUACCAACGUAGCACCGGGGUGCUACCAACGCGUAUGAGCGAGAGUGUGAGCAUGCGUUGUGUUUCCUUUUGUAACCCUAACCUAACAUAUCUGCCUUGUGAGCACACACUCGUGACCAAUGGAAAUGCACAUAAUAUUAUUGUGAUUUACAAUCAGUAAAGUCUUGUUGAAAAUCAACAUUCACGAACUAACUCGCUUUAAGAUGGUGCACCACUUUCCCCCACUUGUAAUAUGACACGGUGUUACCUCCUUUUGAAUAGCACAACGUAAGUGUUCCCCCACACGAUGGCGCUGUUGCUACUGGCCACCGUAGCCGCAUCAUCUGCACGUGUGCAUUUGAUUCAAUAGGACUCUCAUGCAGAUCCCAUUGCAUGAACGUCCCUUGAAAUGUUACACUAUGCUUGUGCACAAUUGCAUUCAGGUUAUCUUUAUAAGCUCUGCGCACUCUUUGAUGUUCAUUUAAAAAACAAAAAACAAAAAACAAACAAAUAAAAACUCCACAAUCACACACUUUCUGCAAAGUGCAAAACUGAACCAGGCGUGAAGCCAUUGCAAUAAAUAAAUAAAAAGAUCACGCGGUAAAGAAUUGACGUGUGUUUUAGUUUUCCGCCAAUCAUUCAUGCCAGGAAUACAUUCGAUCAUUAGAGCUCUCAUUACAUUUUGAAUGGAAAAAAAAAACAACAGAAAACUUCCUUAUUUGUUGUUAUU